AUGGUAAACGAAAUGAUGGCCCUUGUGGAGGGCAAAAGCACCCCAAAAUCUACAACUACGUCGCUAUGGGUGGCGCUGAAUCAGCGCGCCGGCGUCGACCCGGACCGCCUAGCCUUGCUGUCGCCCAAGCAGCCGCCGAACCUGCUGUCGGAGCUAGUACGGCCAUGGCCCGUGGGAGGCCAUGAAGACGAAGGAAGAGAAAUGAAGAAUAGUAGCAGUGUCAUUGGCGAUGGCCGGGGUACAACCGCCAUCCGCAAGCUCACCUCGCCGGCCUGCCUCCUCAGCUACCUGCUGUCGUGGAUCCUCCCGACGCCCGCCAACUCUGGUGAUGCACCGUAUCUGCAGUGGUCGUUUGGCGAGCUGCAGCGUGCUUCUAUCCGGCUCGGCGUCUUUCUACGGCGAAGCCGCGGCGUAGAGCCUGGCGCCACGGCAGUCCUCUUCACCACCUUGUCGGCGGAAUGGACUCUGCUCCUCUCUAUGUCGGCCUUGAACCGAUACACUGCCGUGACCCUUCCCAACAGUGCUCUGAGACCUGGCAACCAAGUAUUGCAGGACCAAAUGGACGAGCUAGCGCCCUCCAUCAUUGUCGUUGCAACCGAGGCUGAGGCGAGACAUGUGGCCGACAACUUGUCGACGAACAUCGCCGUUGGCAUCAGCAUAGAAAAGUUCACGAAUCAGGCGCCAGACGGCUGGGUCAGCAUGGCAGACAUUGCGGCCGAGAUGGCGUCGCAGGGCUGCCACAACUACAUCGACACCAUGGCAGCCCUGCAAAACGAGCCCGAGGACCACGGGCGAAACGCCUUUGUCGUCUACACCAGCGGCUCGACAGGCAAGCCCAAGGGCUGCCCGCUCUCUGUGGGCUACCUGCUCCAGGCGCUCGACUACCUCGCCACGCAGUACGUGCCGCUCCUCCCCACGCCCAUCACGCUCGUCUCCGGCGUCAACAACCAGGUGCGCUGCCAGGCCAUGACCGUGCUUUCAUGGGCGACGGGCAACGCGGCCGUCAUGGACACGUGCGAGAUGGACCCCGAGUCGAUCCUCGACGGGCUGCGGCGGUGCCGCCCUAUAUCAAUCUCUCUCUUUGUCACGGCCGUCAAGACGCUGGCGCGCGCGCCCAACUACUCCGCCGACGCCGUGCGGUCCGUCCGCGUCGUUAACCUGACCGGGCUGACGGUGACGACGGCGGCCCUCCGCGUGGCACAGCAGACAUUUCCCCGCGCGCAGAUCCUGCCCUCGUACGCCAUGACCGAGGCAGCCAGCGUCGUGACAUGGGCGUCGUGGUACCGCCCGCCAGCAGUCGACAAGAUGCCGUCAUGGUGCGGCAUCGCGGCUUCUGGUAUGGUGGCGCCCGGCUCGGCGCUUAAGGUCGUCGGUCCGGAUGGACGGCGGCCCGUGCCGCGCGGGGAGGUCGGCGCGCUGCACCUGCAUGGGAAAUCGGUUAUCGAAAACUACCUCAACCCCAAUGAUAUAUCAGACGCAUUUUACACCGGAGACGACGGCCGUCGUUGGUUCGUGUCUGGGGAUGAUGCUUUAAUUAACGCGGAGGGCUUUCUGCACGUGCUCGGUCGGAGUGAGAACACGCUCAGGCGCGACAACAAGAUCGUCGUUGCUGGUACUGUGGAGAGUUUUCUCGAGAAGGAAUACCCAGGAACAUCGACUGCCGUUGUCAACAUUACAUCUCGCGACGGCGCUAUUGGGCUGUACGCUAUUUUUGAUGACAAGAUUCCCGCGACGUCAUCUACCGAGAUUGAACAUUGUGUUGUCCAAAAGCUUGGUAAGGCGUACCGAAUUGAAGGUGCUGCGAGCCUCAAAGCGAUUGGAUAUGCCAACUCGGCAAAUAUUGUGGGCGGAAACUCAUUGCGCAUCAUCCAGGUCCAGGCGCGGCUGGAGAAACUGCUGAAUCGGCCAAUCCCGAUCGCUACGCUUUUCGAACACUACUCCGUCGAGUCGCUGGCAGCAUACCUGGGCGGAAAUGAUGCGGUCGGCGUGGAGCAGCACGCCUUGCAGCCUCGCGCGCCUCCUGUCACCAAAGACGAGGGCAUAGCCAUAGUCUCCAUGGCGUGCCGACUUCCUGAGAAGUAUUGGGAAUGCGCGGCGAGAGUGUGCGGGUUCUGGCAAGAUAUUGAGAUGCUCGCGGAUGGUCGUCCUCAGUGUCCCACACCUGCUGUUUCCGAAGUUUAUGAAAGUCCUCCAUUAUCACAAUCUAGCUCUCCCGUCACAACUACCGAAUACCUCAAGCAAGCGCCGUGCAGCAUGGUGGUCAUUGAUCAUUUGUGGUGCGGAUGCUGCGAGCUCUUCUGA